AUGGCUAUUCCUUGGAAACUGGGGAGCACAAACGCGUUGCGUCACUCAUGGUGGUUUGAAGUUGUGACCAAUGUCACACCCGUUGCGUGUUCUUCAUCCACCACCAUGAGUACGGCUGACUCUUCUUCAAGCCCGGUAGAAUGUCAUUCAAGCCCUACCGUGCACCUUGGAAUGAUGGCGAGGCGAGGAAGUGCUGCACGAGAGAUGGAUAGAAUGGUAGGGACGGGCUGUUUUACCGGACUCGAGGGUGAACGAGGGCUACAAGGGAAUGCUAUCCAUGCACCGGCAUCGACUACCAUUAAACAGUCGCCGCUGUAUCCCACCGACAAAUGCUGCACAUCCCGCGUCUGCUCCGUCGACCAUCAGCUGUUAUCAAGGAAUGGCGAGCAUAGGCCGCCGUCUACAAGCUGGACGGAAUUCAUACGAGGCUGCGACCUUGAUGGAAGUGAGACGGUGAGCGCUCUUGCAGAUGGGGAAAGUGUGGAGGAGGGACGGCUGCAGGCAGGUCCUGCAGAGGACAAGGGUAGUAGCGAUGUAAUAGACAAUGGGGCGCAUGCAGGGGAGACACCGAAGACGAAUGCUGGCACGGCAGACACUGAGAGCAACGGCAGAAGAGUAGUUCGCGAGCGUGGGCGGACUGUGCUGGAUAUCAAAGAAGUCGAGGUUGGGAUUGUACAGCGAUGGCCACCGGGGUGCCUCAUUUCCCUCGUCCAGAGCACCAUCCAUGGCAUGGAGAGCGUGUGGCUGUGA